GCCACGUGCGUGGCGCUGACGCGAGCCCGCGGAGCGGCGGCGAGCAGUGCGCGUGCCGCACGGACCCGGAGAGCACCAUGAGCGAGUCCAGCCGUCGGGGCAGCGACCACAGAAGUUACACGGGCUGCAAGCGGGCCCGGAACGGAGAAAACAAAGUGACGGUGGUCCUCGGUGCGCAGUGGGGCGACGAAGGGAAGGGCAAGGUCGUCGAUCUGCUUGCGACCGAUGCUGACAUUGUGUGCCGGUGUCAGGGUGGAAACAAUGCUGGCCACACUGUUGUGGUGGAUGGGAAAGAAUACAAGUUCCAUCUUUUCCCAAGUGGCAUUAUUAACCCAAAAGCUAUUUCAUUUUUAGGGAAUGGUGUAGUAAUACAUCUGCCUGGAUUGUUUGAAGAAGCUGAGAGAAAUGAAAAGAAAGGCUUAAAAGAAUGGGAGAAGAGACUCAUUAUUUCAGACAGAGCACAUUUAGUGUUUGAUUUUCAUCAAGCAGUUGAUGGGCUCCAAGAAAUCCAGCGGCAAGAGCAAGAGGGGAAAAAUAUUGGCACAACAAAGAAAGGAAUAGGACCAACAUAUUCGUCAAAAGCAGCUCGAACUGGUCUUCGUGUCUGUGACCUUUUGGCUGAUUUCAAUGACUUCAGUGCCAGAUUUAAACUUCUGGCACAACAAUAUCAGUCCAUGUUCCCAAGUCUGAAAAUCGAUGUUGAAGGACAGCUAAAAAAGUUAAAGGAAUAUGCUGAACGUAUCAGGCCAAUGGUACGAGAUGGUGUUUACUUUAUGUAUGAAGCUCUUCAUGGUCCAGCAAAAAACAUUCUUGUGGAAGGUGCCAAUGCAGCUUUACUAGAUAUAGAUUUUGGAACAUACCCAUUUGUGACAUCUUCAAACUGUACUGCGGGAGGUGUAUGCACUGGACUAGGAAUACCUCCAUCAAAUAUUGGAGCAGUGUAUGGCAUUUUCAAAGCCUAUACCACCAGAGUGGGAAUUGGAGCAUUCCCAACUGAACAAAAAAAUGAAAUUGGUCAACUGCUACAGUCGCAAGGCAAUGAAGUGGGUGUAACGACAGGAAGGAAGAGGCGCUGUGGCUGGUUAGAUCUAGUUAUACUGAAAUAUGCUAAUAUGAUCAAUGGAUUCACUGCCUUGGCACUAAUGAAGUUGGAUAUCCUGGAGACAUUUGAUGAGAUAAAAAUUGGUUUAGCUUAUAAACUCAAUGGAAAGAAAAUCCCGUACUUUCCAGCAAACCAGGAAAUUCUGAAUCAAGUAGAUGUUGAGUAUGAAACACUUCCUGGCUGGAAGAGCAGCAUUACCAAUGCUCGAACAUGGGAUGAUCUUCCUCCAAAGGCUCAAAAUUACAUCAGAUUCAUUGAAAAUCAUGUGGCUGUUCCAAUUAAAUGGAUUGGUGUUGGAAAAUCAAGGGAGUCUAUGAUUCAACUUUUCUAAAUACAUAACUGGACGCCAUUGGAUUAUUUGAACAACUAGUUUAUUUAAAGGAACGUAACUGAUUGCUUUAUUGUUACAAUAAUCCUGAUACUGUGUAAAAUAUAAUUACUUCACAAUUUCAUUUGUGUAUAUAUAACCAGUAAUAUGAGUCUUUAUAAUUGCAGACAGAAAAUAUCAAAAAUACUAUUCUUACUGUUCAUGUUCAUUUCAAAACAUAAAGUAUGGCAUUGAAUGCAAUUUCCUUUAAAAGUUGUAUGAAAGAAAUGUAACACUCAUGAUUGGAGCAAUAUCAUUAAAACCAGUGCACAAUUUAUGUUCUGAUGAAGGGUCUUGGCCCAAAAUGUCGACUGUGCUCUUUUCCAUAGUUGCUGCCUAGCCUGCUGAGUUCCUCCAGCAUUUUGUGUGUGCUGCUUGGAUUUCCAAUAUCUGCAGUUUUUCUCUUGUUCACAAUUUAUGUUUUUAAUAGUUUAUUCUUAAAUCAUACAUUUGUGUCUACCUUUUACAAUAGUGAACUAAUAUGGGAUAAAAAUGCAUGAUUUGCAGUGUUGGAUUUGGGUACUUUUCAUGCUGCUUGCAAAGAUUUGCACAGAAAAUCAUCAUGAUACCAGUCUUCUGGGAUGAAAAUUCUACACAGAUCAUUACUUUUUAAAAAAUUAACCUGUAGAAUGAUAUUUUUGUAGUUUACCAUAAUGAAAAGAAAAUGUUUAAUAUACAUAAUAAUAGCUUCAUAAUUAUUUGCAAUUGGUAAUCAUUCACAUGAAAAUGUAAAAUAUUUAAAUGAUGAAAAAUUAGUCUAUGGGUGUUAAGUUGAACUUUUUAUUAGAAACUGAAAUUAGUCAGAAACAUUGUUUGAUAUUUGUCCUUUUGCGGAAGCUGUUGAUCUUUCUGAAGUACAGAGAUGGUGCUCUUAUUUCCAAGUGCCCUGUAAGAUAUGUCGAGCAAAGGCAGAAAUGUAUGACUUGAGAUUAUGUAACACCUCAAUGAAUCAAGUUUCACUUGUCUGCUAGUUCUUACUUACGUCUGGGUUAAUGUUGUAUGAUGAAUCAUAUUCUGUCUUCCAGCGAUAAGUAUCGGGUUUCCCAUAUACAUCUUUAGGGAUUCUUUUAGGUGUCUCACUUGAUAGUUGCAAAUUACUGUAAGGGCUAACUUUACAAUUUAAUUCUUCAAUUUUUCUUGCAUAAUCUUCACUGUAAUGUUUAUUAAACAAACAGUAAUUAAUGAAUAAAUUUUGUCCUAAUAAUUUAAGUAUUAGUACAUUUCUGAAUAACUUGUUUAUUUAUUUAACGAUAAUCACAGGGUAAUUUACAAUGACCAGUUAACCAACCUGGUACGGCUUUGGACCAUGGGAGGAAACCAGAGUACCCAGGGAAAACCCAUGUAUUCCACGGGGAGGACGUACAGGGACUCUUAACAGUGCCAGAAUUGUACUCCAAACUCCAGAACACCCCCUAGCUGUAAUUGUGUCUCACUAUGCCACCAUGCUGCCCAUCAUAUUUUCCAAUUAUUUUUAAGGCUUCAGGAUUCAAUUAUUGCAAACCUAAACAUAGAUAACAGGCUUUAAGUACAAGCUAUGUAUUAAAUAUGAUUUUGAAUCUGCUGCAAAUGACAACUAUGAAAUUGUAUUUGUUAAACCUCAUCUGAUAUCAAUGGUAACACUCGUAGAUGUUCAUCAGAGGUGUAUACGUUAAUCUUCUCAAUUAGUACUGACAUUUCUUUGAAAUAUAAAGAACCUGUUCCAGAAUAAUGAAAAAUUUCCAGAUGAAAUAUGCAAUUGAGCCAAAAUCUCUUUUACUUGGACAUGGAAGAACACGUGGCAAGGUUUGAAAGAAAUGGAGUACUCACAAUGUAAAUUCUAAUAAUUAUUUUGCCUAUUCUCAUUAUGUGCACUAUAUAAUACAUACUCAAACCAAACAAAUAAAAGUAACUUCAACUCAGUUAAUUAAUUCAAAUGAUAAACCCUUUAACAUAAACAUCUGGAUCCGUGUUUGAAUUAAGAGAGCUAUUCCCAGUACAUUCCCAAAUGCCCCGGUGGCAUCCAUGGGAUUUCCUGUCCCACCAAUAGUUCAGAUCUCCCAGAGGAAAUUAACAGUAAUUUACCACCAAAAUAAAUAGUGGGAAUCACUGGCAUUAACCUCAAACCCCAUAAAGGCCAGUAGUAACAGAGCAGACACAAAGAAACAUUUAUUACUGCUCACACUUGGAUGCAAAAUCAGUGCUCCUCCAUGCUGAAUAUGGAUAGCAAAGGCAUGUGAUGUACUCUGGGUAUGGGAUUCUGAUAUUUAUUGCCAAGGGAUAUUUUAAAAGUCAUUCCUGGAAUGUGAGCUAAGCUUGAGGAGUCCCAUAUAAUUUUUUAAUAAAGUUCCCUUCUCUCCCACCUUAUUCUCUAAGCACCCGUCCCCUUCACUGCCAAGAACACUUCCACCAAAUAUUACUCUUCCAGUAGUUUAGGUAGUUCCUUUGGAACCCAUCAAAUUACUGUUGCUUCCUGUCAAGUUUGAUUAGAAGAUUAAUAAAAUUCCUGGAAUCAAAUAGUUAAUUUCAGUGCUCACCAGAGGUCUAUUAGUUAAAGCUUCAAACACAUUUUAAAUUCUACAAAAAGUGGAAUCAAUGCAUCUUACCUGACAGUAAUUUUACCCCCACAAAGUUCAACGGUCCCUAGGGGUGGCACUAUAGAAGUCUGGAAAAAGGAAGUUUCAACAAAGAUUCUUUUAAUGCUAUUGAAAGUGCCCAAAACACUCACUCUAUUGUACUUAAGUACUUUACAAAGCCACCUUCAUACCUUUAUAAAUGUUCUUUAAUCUCAAGAUCAUUACUAAUCAGUGUUUAUUUUUAUGUUUUAAGUAUGUGAUGUUCUCAUUCAUUGAAAAGCACCUUAAAUGGAUCACCAAUUAUAGCAAUACACACAAAAUGCUGGAGGAGCUCAGCAGGUCAGGCAACAUCCAUGGAAAUGAACAAACUUUAUAAUUCAGGCUGAGACCAUUCUUCAGGACUGGAAAGUUCUUUAUCAUAAACCCUUUGUUAAUUUACAGCAAAUUUUAUAUCCAUAAAUGCAAAUACAGCAAUAAGAAACCUUCAUUUAUAUUUUUUACGUCAAACUUCAAACUAUAUGUUAAUAUAGACAAUAGGUGCAGAAGUAGACCAUUCGGUCCCUCGAGUCUGCACCGCCAUUCUGAGAUCAUGGCUGAUCAUUCACUAUCAAUACCCAGUCCCUGCCUUGUCCUCAUAUCCCUUGAUUCCCCUAUCCAUCAGAUAUCUAUCUAGCUCCUUCUUGAAAGCAUCCAGAGAAUUGGCCUCCACCGUCUUCCGAGGCAGUGCAUUCCACACCUCCACAACUCUCCGGGAGAAGAAGCUCUUCCUCAACUCUGUUUUAAAUAACUGACCUCUUAUUCUCAAUCCAUGCCCUCUGGUACUGGAAUCUCCCAACAUCUGGAACAUAUUUCCUGCCUCAAUCCUAUCAAAUCCUUUAAUUAUCUUAAACGUUUCAAUCAGAUCCCCUCUCAAUCUCCUCAAUUCCAGCGUGUACAAGCCCAAUCUCUCUGCGUAAGACAGCCCUGCCAUCCCAGGAAUCAACCUAGUGAAUCUACGCUGCACUUCCUCAAUUGCCAGAAUGUCCUUCCUUAAACCUGGAGACCAAAACUGUACACAAUAUUCCAGGUGUGGUCUCACCAGGUCCCUGUACAAAUGCAAAAGGACAUCCUUCCCCUUGUAACAAAGGCCAACAUUCCAUUUGCCCUCUUCACUGCCUGUUGCACUUGCUCAUUCACCUUCAUUGACUGGUGAACUAGGACUCCUGGGUCUCUUUACAUUUCUCCCUUACCUAACUCUACACCGUUCAGACAAUACUCUGCCCUCUUGUUCCUGCUUCCAAAGUGGAUAACUUCACAUUUAUUCACAUUGAAUGACAUCUGCCCACUCACCCAGCCUAUCCAAGUCUCCCUGUAUUCUCCUAACAUCCUCUUCACAUGUCACACUGCCACCCAGUUUAGUAUCAUCAGCAAACUUGCUGAUAUAGUUUUCAAUCCCCUCAUCUAAAUCGUUGACAUAAAUCGUAAAGAGCUGUGGUCCCCCACUAGUCACCUCCAGCCAGUCCGAGAAACACCCAUUCACUGCUACCCUUUGCUUUCUAUCUGCCAACCAGUUUUCUAUCCAUGUUGAAACCCUGCCCCCAAUGCCAUGAGCUCUGAUUUUACUCACCAAUCUCCUAUGUGGCACCUUAUCGAAUGCCUUCUGAAAAUCUAGGUACACAACAUCCACUGGCUUACCCUCGUCUAACAUCCUUGUUACACCCUCAAAAAACUCCAACAGAUUAGUCAAGCAUGAUUUGCCCUUGGUAAAUCCAUGCUGGCUCGGCCUAAUCCUAUUUCUGCCAUCAAGAUGUGCCACUAUUUCGUCCUUAAUAAUGGACUCAAGCAUCUUCCCCACGACUGACGUUAGGCUAACAGGGCGAUAGUUCUCCGUUUUCUCCUUCCCUCCCUUCUUGAAAAGUGGGAUAACAAUAGCCGCUCUCCAAUCUUCAGGAACUGAUCCUGAAUCUAAGGAACAUUGGAAAAUUGGAAAAUACUCUGAAAACUUCCCAUAACCAGAAAGCUGUAAAGACUGUACAAAUCUGGCAGCGUUUUGGGUUAUCUCUGUAAAUGUUUCUAUUUUGUAACAACUUUUAGAUAUAGUUCCUUCUGUCCAACAGUAUUUAGAGUGGAUUUUCUGUUUAUUUGUAUAUUUAAAGUUAAUAGUUAUAUGUUUGUUGCUGCUUAUGUGUGAUUCCCUGACUUUGUUAGCAUAUGUUUAGUGUUUCUGUUUUUGUUUGUGUUCAAUAAAAUUUUUUUUAAAAGUUUAAGGACUGGAAAGGAAGGCGCCAGAAAGAAAGGAGUGGGGAGGGGAAGGAUAGCUCCAAGCCUUCCCCAGUAAUGCUCCCCCCAACUCUUCCUCCACUACAUUGAUGCUGCUUCAACCCCUCA